AGCACAACACGCAGACGAUCCCUUACGCGCGAUGGAAGCAUCGGCACAAUGAUCAGCGCGAGAAAUACUAAAUAAGAUCUGAAUUCUGAUACACCUGAACCCGUGGAUGAAAAACAUUAUGAGAGAUUAUUGCUCGCAUUAUUAAUUUCCAAGGAAAGUGAUCCAAUGUAUAGUAGGGGGGACACAAAGAAGUGGAUAUGGAAAUAGGCGUGACAGUGUGCUUGCAGUAAUUUUUCAAAUGUAAAUCUCAUUUACAGCAAAUUGGUUUGAUUGUCCAUCAGCGUGCAUGUAAACAUGAGCUGUGGAGAACAAGAACAAAAGACGAAACUUCAGCACUUCCUGUCCGAACUUGCAAUAUUGGGUUCCUUACAGGGCUUCCAUUAUUUUCAGCCCUGGCUAAGAGGGAGAGAGGAACUUCUUUUGACCGUGGUUAAUGAUGACUUGAAGUGGCGUUCUCCUGGGUACGCCGUGUCUGUGGCCUCCACCUUCACCAGCUCAACCUGCAGUAGCAGUUACAGUCUGGACAGCGAUUACGCCAGCUCACCUUUAGCAGGAGAAGAACCACUUUCACAACACAAACAACAGAUGCCAGAAGCCACACAGCAACAAACUCCCAGCAGGGAUGUCGAUUCUCAUCUUCUCCCAGCCUCACCCAGUGAGCGAGAGAUCGCUGUUCCUGAAAUGAACUGCACCCUGUUCCUGUUAGCCGGUUAUGCCAAGUACGGACAACCUUAUGCCUGGAUUCGAUCCAAUCAUGAGCGUCUAGUAAAUGUUGGAGGAACUGAUACGCUAGUCAAAGAUACACCAAUGAAACUUAAGUCCAUCACAGACUGGGUUUCAACAUCCCAAGGAACUCAUGUAUGGGACGUAGUGAGUGAGUUGGUGGGACUGUGCACCAUGCCGCCUCCCGACAACCCCUUCUCUCUAGACAUGCGCUACCUCCAAACCCUGUCCCUCCCAGAGCGUUUCCUGGCCACUGGGGCCCUUCUGAAUUUCCUGGAGAUGAUUGUGGUUCAGGGAAGCCGAGAGGAACCGUUCUAUGAUCUGGUUGUGGCAGAGUUGGUGCCAUUGAGACGACUUCAUUUCCAAAGCCUCUCUGAGUUCCAGAAGUUUCAAGGCAGUGACAGAUUUCCCAGGACUUCAAGUCCCUUACCCGGCAAAUGAGAGCUGAUGCUUCAAAAUACAACAGCAUUCAAGGUUAUUAAAUUCCAAAGGAUUUGCCAUUUGGCCUAAAACUCCAAACAUCACAAACUGUAACAAGUUUAAUCAUGAACUAAUAGUUUAUUUCGUUCUUUAUUUAUUUUUGAUACUGAGGACCAUUAACUUAAGUGUAAACAAAGAGAUUCAAUGAUGACUGCUUAAGCCCCAUGACUUUAAGCUCCUAAAUGUCAGCCAUGGCAUGUUUUUGUGAAGCACGUACAUGUCUUUGAAAAGUUGUGAAAUCAGACCAGGAGUAUUUUAAUCCCUCGCAUUAAAAGAUUUGCACCCCAUGA